AAAAUCGUUCUACUUUGAAACAAAUCCUUAUCAACAUCAACCUAAUUUUUUUAUAAAAACCACAAAGAUUGCGUCAUCGCUCCACAAACACCAAGAUUUUAGCUCAUUUUAUUUCUUAAUCUAAACGUAACAACAUCUUUUUCAUAAAAAUGUUUUUUUAUUUCAAAUUAAUAUUAAUUCUAACGAUUAUUACACCUUUCGUUAUCACUCAAGAAAAACCCGGAAGUUGUCCCAACAAUUUAAACGUUAAAAUAUGUUCAUCUUUGUGUACUUCCGAUUUUGGAUGUAGCGGGAACUCGAAAUGUUGCAAAACUUUGUGUGGGGGAUCGAUUUGUGUGUCUCCUAUUGGGAAUGAAUCGCAAAACGGAGAAAAAUUCGGUUCUUGCCCAAUUCCGAGUGGUCCGUGGGUGUGUUCAAGUAGGUGUGGUUCGGAUUCGGAUUGUAGAGGAAAAAAGAAAUGUUGUAAAAAUAGGUGUGGUGCUAUGGCAUGUUUUAACCCUGAUUUGCCUCAAAUCCAAGCCCCACCUUUAUAAAAUUAUUUCAUUUUGUACUUUUUAUACCGGAUUUGCGCAGAAUGUAUCACAAGGUCCAUUACAGCAUUUUUGUCGCCCCGCACACUCAAAAUCACUGGAACAUCUCACUAAGCAAGUUGAAACGACAUCAGAUCCUGGUCUCUGAGGGCAAUUUCCCGGUUUUUGGGCGUUCAAAACACUAAAAGAAACCGUUAGCAAUAAAAGCGUGGUUAAAAAUAA